GUAUGCUAAAAACUUGAUUAGAAAGAAGAAAAGGAUUUUGCAGCUGAUUAUAAAUCUAACGAUUUGGCUGCCAACGCGCUGAAAAAGAGGGAUAGUUUUGACGAAAUCCUCUGCCGGUUAUAUGAUAUCUCAAUAACCCUAGCGAGUUGGUGAAAUUUCUCCGUAUCGUUAUUUUUUUGGUUGAAAGAGUAAAGAGAUUCUCUUUUAAAUAAAUACUAACUAGCCCCUUCCGUGUAUGCUAAUUUCUACAACAAUUGCAAAUCCACUUGCAGGUGGAAAAAUGGACUACCAUGAACAUGAUAAUGUGGUGGCUUCUGGGAAUAUUCCUGAAUUUGGUGCAAUCUUUUUUUCAAACAUUGAGAUCAAGAAAGAGUGCUUGCAACGGAAUAUAUUUGCACUACCAUCUUCCCAUACUGAAUUUGUGACACAUGUCAAAGAGGGAAUGGUUUUGUUCCUGUUUGAAACUAGGAAGAGAGAACUCUUUGGAGUUUAUCAGGCAUCCUCUGAUGGCGCAGUGGACAUUAAUCCCCAUGCAUUUAGUUAUUCAGGGCAGCAUUUCCCCGCACAGGUUCGUUUCAGACAAAUAUGGCAUUGUGAUCCAAUCUCCGAGAAUGAAUUUAAAGAUGCUAUCAUAGAGAAUUACUUUUCUGCAAGGAAAUUCAACAUCGGCCUGUCUAAAGAUCAGGUUCGCAGUCUUCUUUAUUUGUUCAGUUCAAGAAAGAUCAAAAGUAAGAUGCCUGCUGAGCCACGAUCUGAAGCUAUUGUUGAAGUAUCUGCUAAGGAGAGCAGACUGCUAGGUGAUGACAGACAUGAACGGUACAUGGCACCUUUGGAAUAUGAUAACCAUGUGAGCUCAUUGACUAGAGGCAAAGAAGAUGAAUUCUGGAUAGAUAAUAUGGCCAAUGCUGAAGGGAACAUAUAUCCUUUUACUCGCGAUGAUUUUCUGGCUAAAAGGAGAAGAAUAGGAAAAGAAGGCAGGUUCACAACCAAUGAUAUCGCAGGAAAUGCUUUAUAUUGCCAUGGUUACCAAAGUGCCUUUCGCACUGGUUCCCCUAAAGAUUCCUUGGAUGAGGUAAGAACAUCAGCCAAUGCUGGCAGGUUUUUGUCCGUUCAAAUGGGAAAUGAAGAUCAAGUGAAUAAGAUGCAAACCCGUGCUCAAUACCCUGAGAAUUCUAUAGAGCCUUUGGAUGUGAGAGCCCAUGGUGAUUAUACUUAUUUGCAGAGGAGCACAUUGCGGGAUGACUAUAACAUACACAGUGGUCACCAACAGGCAUUUGCAAGUGAUAACUAUGAGAGUUCCAUGGCUCAAAGCAAACAUCUGAGUGAUGAUAAUAGGUUCUUGUUAGAUGAUUGCGUGAUAAGAGACUGUGUUAUUAAUGUGGAUAAAUCUGUGGCUAUUAAUGAUCACCACCUGAAUUUAUGUAGGCAAGAAAGAGAAAUGGUAAACGAUCGUGAGUGGUUGAAUGAGAGGAAAUUGGAAAAUAGAUAUCAUUUGGACUGUCUUGGUAGCACUAUUAGUGCCAUUGAUCCCCCUGCUAGCCAUUUAUAUAAAAUAAGAAAAACAGAUGCAACUGGGAGGUUUCAAAUCGACGGGAAUGAACCUCGUUUUGGAACAUGUUCAGCCGAAGGCUUCUCUUCUAAAACUGUUUUACAUCCUAGGCAUUGUGGUUACAGGAUUAUCGAGGGUAGGAAGUACCCAAUUGUGGAAGGAAGAUCAACUGAAAAUAUGGUGGACAAAGUGUCACCUACAGUGGCCACAAAUGCUGGAUAUGUUGCGGAUGAAGACAUUCAAAUACUAGAUAGUGCAAGGUAUAGAAAGAGUGAUAGAGUAGAUUAUAGAGACCCUAGUCAAACACAUACUGAUCCCGUCAUGUCGAUGAAGUACCCUUUAUUCUCCCAGUCGGAACAAAAUUUAUCUUCAUUUCCUGACAAGUUUCCGGAGGAACAGUUCUCUCAGUUUACCGUCUCUCAUGGUUUCCACCUCUUGCCAUCCAUUUAUGAAGAUGCAACUAUUACAAGGACUGUCCCUUACUCGCCUGACCACCCUAACCUUUCUCAUGGAUGCUCUUCAUCAAAGGAAGCUAACCAAAAUUCCACUUCAAUGCAUAUGAACCACCUGCGUGAUAGCUCUUUAGAGAACUUGUAUCCUCUAUCUAGAAAUAGAUUGCAGCAAUAUCCUUCGGAGUCGAAAAAUUUUGGCAGAUCUCAAGAUGCCACACGUGAAUAUAGGAAUAAUGGUUUUGAAAUGAGCACAUCAUGCCUCCGGAGUUCUUUGCUUCGGGAAUCUUCCAAUUCAUUCUUAAACCCGGACUUUUCUACUGACAUGGAUCUGAAUACCUCUGCUCCUGUUAAUUACAGAGGUUCAUUGUCUUCAAAGCUCUCUCCACACUGCACUGAUCCUGAAAACUUUGAAGGCCAAAGAGGGUUGUUAGCUUGUUACCCCAAAUCAAGAGACCAUGAUUUUGCAUUUGAUGGAUAUCUUCCUGAGGCAUCAGAAAAUUGGAGAAAGCAUGGGAUAGGCAUGUCGGCUGGCAAAUAUUCCAAUUGUUCCGAAUCACAAGAUUUGGGCACGGAUAUUUGUCUGCGAGAAAAAAACUUGGCAAUUUAUGGGAAUCAGCACUUCAGAUUCUCUAGAAAUAUGGAUCCCAGGGAACUCCACAAGAGUUCUGGAGCUAAUUCCACCCUUAACAGGAGAAGUGUUUUUAGCCGUUUGUCUUCUAAGCCAUCACGGUUUAGUGAAGAGAGAAAUGAUAUUGAUCUUAAUCAUCAAGACUGCUAUAUUGAUGCUACAGCUGAUGAACUCAUGGAGAUGUUGAAGCAGGAUGAUAAUCUGUCACCAAGAAAGCUCAGGAAAUCUGGAGUUGUUGGACAACCUAAAGAAAGUGCAGUCCAUGAAAAGGAAACCCAGCGUCAUCUGGAAACAGAGCAUUGUUCAAUGGAGAAGAAAAGGCUGAACAGCGCAACUCAAGCUACUGCAGAUAGCAUGGAUGAAAUCCCUAAAGAGACUCGAACUUUAAAUUUCAAGCGUCGUAGUGAAAGAAAGAAAUUGGUCGGGAUUAGUUCUGGUUCAGCCUCUCAUAGUAGUCCCACGGAUGCUAGAGAAGUGGUAAAAAACUCCACUAAUUCAACUUCAAGACGCAAAAAGCUGGUUAGACCUGCUUUCAGUAAAACUGAUACUGCUAGUAAUGCUGCUACAUGUGGCAAUGAAACAUCACAGCCUCAUGCUCCAAUCCUCGAAAAGGAUGACAAACAGAGUAGUGAGACAGCCACUAACGUACUUGAAUCUGAGAUUCCCCGUGACAGUACCCAUGUGCUGGCUCCACACACUUGUCAAGUUAUGGAUUGUAAUAAAGAACCCCCAUAUUCUGAGGAGCAAAAAGAUGCAUUCGCUCCUGUAUUGCCAACUCCAAGUGUUGAGCAUGUAAAAGAUGACAUCCUUGUGGGUUGUUCCAAGGUUCCAUGGGAAACAUCUCUACAGAUGAUUCAAAUUUCUGUUGAAGGUGGUUUAGCCAAAGAUACUGAUGGUACUAGCAUCACCAGCUUGGACCUUCCAGAACCAUCUUUUCAAGGGGUCGGACUUGGUUCGGUUUGCAAGAACAACGAGGAGGUUCCAAGGGAAACAUCUCAACAGAUGAUUUCUGAUAUUCAAACUUCUGUUGAAGGUGGUCUAGCCAAAGAUAAUGAUGGUACUACUAUCACCAGCUUGGACCUUCCAGAACCAUCUUUUGAAGGGGUCGAACUUGGUUCUUCUGGUUGCAAGAACAACAGGGAGAAACAUCUAAAGACAAUGAAAAUCAUACUAACUCCUAAGAAAGAUGUGAAGGCUGCUUCUUCUCAGUGAAGCCCACACAUGUUCCUUGGAAAUUGCUUUUUUAAAUCCAACAACCCCCGCCCCCUGUUUGCUAUGGUUCCCGUUCCUUCAUCUGUGUGCAGAAUCCGUGUACUAAGCAUCUAUUUAUGGAUGUGCCAGUGAUGGAAGCUAUGUCAUUUGUUUCUCUUGAAAGCUACUCCGGCACUGCAGCUGAUUGGUCAGGCUUCUUCCACUGCCACGCUCAUCUUGCCUUGCUAGAUGGUUUUGCUCUUGCAUUCUUUUCUUUCACUUUUUUUGUUUUUUGAAUGAUUUUGGUGAGAUGAGGUGGGAUUGAUUAUAUGCAUCUCUCCGCAUAAUCAUCUUGUCAUUCAUUUCGUGUUAAUGGUGAAUUUGCCAGAAUUGGCUGUGAAACGCACAAUUCAACAUUCCCUGUUUAUUACAGUGGAUAACUGUGUAGUUACCUCAUCGGCCAAGGUUUAAGCUAAGUUUUUUAUAAUUUAGAUGUUUUUGUUA